AUCGCAGGUCGGAAUUAGGCGACUGGGGCCCGCAGCCGUGGGUCUGCGCAGUCAUUGAAGAACUCUGCAGAAAAGUUGUCGACAGUCUCUCGAUCUGCUUGCUCAACCAUCAACCCACCACCAAACGACACGACAUCCGUCAGGUUCGACAAUCACACACCGACACAAUGGCCCCCAAGAAGAGCAAGAAGGAUGCCAACAGCAUCAACUCCCGUCUGGCCCUGGUCAUGAAGUCGGGUAAGGUGUCUCUCGGCUACAAGUCCACCCUCAAGGCCCUGAGAACCGGCAAGGCCAAGCUCGUCAUCAUUGCUGGCAACACCCCUCCCCUCCGCAAGUCUGAGCUCGAGUACUACUCCAUGCUGUCCAAGACUCCCGUCCACCACUUCUCCGGCACCAACAUCGAGCUCGGUACCGCUUGCGGUAAGCUCUUCCGCUGCAGCACCAUGUCCAUUCUCGACGCUGGUGACUCCGACAUCCUCGCCGACCAGCAGUCUUAGAUUGUCUCUAGCUCGUAGCUGGGAGGCAAGGCACGACUGCAUGGUUUUAUGACGGCGUUUCGGCAUCCGGGUCACGGUGAAACAAAAUGGGAUUUGGGAUAUUUCGCAAACCAGUCAUGCGAGCCAGCUGGCAGACAUGCACGCCGCGCGACGCAUCGUGGGCAGACAAUCCGACGAGUAGCAAUGUCCUGGGACUCUCCUCCACUCAAUAGCUAGUCCAAUGCCUAGUGUCGUUAUAAAAAUCGACAAAGUCCUCAGAUGAGGAAUACAAAAACAAGUGAUACCCCUGACAAUUGGAUCAUUUUUGAAGUACCAUGUGGUUGGC